AUGGCAAGGAAUAAGGUUAGAUUUCAUAACAACUUCUGUUCAGUUUUUUCUUCCAUUUCUUACAUUCUUGUCGCUGUCUCAUUGGCGGGGAACUGUUCUUCUGCUACCUCAUAUGUUAAUAUGGAUGAUUUUAUGAUUAUAAAAAAGUUCAAUGUCACUAUUCGUCUGCCUAGAGCACAAAAUAUAUUGGAGGUUAUUUCGAAGCCCCCUCCUAGAGGUUGGAUUAAGUUUAAUUGUGACGGUGCCGUUGUAUCUUCGGGUUUAUCUGGUUGUGGUGGCAUUGGUAGAAACCGUGACGACGUUUUUUUGGGAGCAUUCGCUUCUUCUUUGAGUGGUGCCAACUCUCUCACAGCUGAACUCUACGUUGCUAUUCUUGCAAUUGAGUUCGCUUUUGAGAGAAAUUGGAAUAAUAUUUGGUUGGAGACGGACUCGACAGCGGUUGUCAAAAUGUUUAAUUCUCCGCUUAAAGUUCCUUGGCAAAUUCGAAAUAGAUGGUUGAAUUGUAUAAAUAUUGUUCCUAGAUGGAAUUUUAUGGUUUCUCAUAUCUUUAGAAAAGAGAGUAGUUGCGGAUGCACUUGCUAA